CUCAAGAAUGGAAACCGAAAGGCUAUUGUGGAUGUUGAUAUCAACAGGUGGGCGUGUCAUCAUCAAGGCUAUAAAAAUGGCCAGAAUGCUUUAGCUUUUGCAGAAUAAUUAUAGCAUACAAGAUCGACGGACCAAUAAUGGAAAGAAUACGGCUUGAAAUCAAAUUCCUGAACGGCGAGACCUACCCCCUGGAGGUGAGCCCAAGUAUGACCGUUGGAGGGUUAAAGAGAAGUAUCCAGUUGCUGAGUGGUGAUGCACCUGCGCGUCUGAAGCUCAACGAAAACGGGACCAACUUCAGCAAUGAUUCCAGUACGCUCGGUGCCAUCGGCUUGCGGUCUGGAUCCAGAAUCAUGGCUCUGGUAAAGGAUCCUGCGCCUAUCCAGGUGUUCCUAAAGAACGAGAAAGGUCAGACUAAAACCUAUGACGUGGCGCCAGGUGAAACAGUCGACGAAUUCAAACGCAAGGUCCACAUCAAGGAGAAGGUUCCAGUGGAACAGCAAAGACUGAUCUACAAUGGCAAACAUCUGGAAGAAGGGCGAAAGCUGGAGGACUAUGGCAUUGAGUCAGAGAGCACCAUCUAUCUCACACUCCGACUCAGAGGAGGUUGAUUUGAAAAUGGACAGGAGGAAUAUUUAGUUUAACGAUUAAUUCGGAUAAAUGUUACUGUGUUAUUGCCUAUUCAUUCACUUAUCAGGUAGUCUAUGAUGAAAGAAGUAAGUUAAUCCUACUUCUGGACACUUCCGCACUUUCCUUUCUUGUUAUUUUCUUUUUGGAUGUUGUGUUAUUGUGGACUCCAUUGUAAUUAGUGCAUUAAGUUAAUGAAUAAACAUAGCCUAAUGUGAUUCUUAUACAA